AUGUGCUGCUCCUCCUCUCUCUCUCGUUCUGCCGGCGGAUGCCCGGGCUUGCUCGCUGGCCUCGCGGGCCUCGGACGCCACCAAGAACGCCUCGCCGAGCAGCAGCAGCUCCACCGCGCCUCCUUUGCGCCGGCCAAGCCACGAGCAGCAGCAGCUCCACCUGCUACUGCUGACGCCAUGCUCGACCUGCCCAAGCCCGACGAUGACACCGCCCUACCGCCGCGCACACGGUCGCCGCCGCCUCGCCGAGAGGGCUCGCCCUCGUGUGCGCCGCACCUCGCCGAGAGGGCUCGUCCUCGCGUGCGCUCCUCCUACCGGUCGCGGGAACUGCUAGACCGGCCAUGGCGGCAUCCUGCGCUCCUCCUACGGGGUCAUUGGGUUGGAGGAUUCGGACACAGUGCCACAGUCUGUCUAGAGGAGAACGGGGCCGUCGGACAGGUGGAGGAGGAGCGACGGCCCAUCGAGAGCAGGAAGCACGCCCACGCGGCGUCUGAGUUGGCCGCGGCACAGAAGGACGGCAGACCACAGUGGGUAAUUAAGGACGCCAAUCUGUGGCGUCCUACUGAGCUCCCGCGACUAGGGUUCCUCCCCCCGCCGCCGCCGCCGCCUGCUGCCCCCCUCCUGCUGCCGUCGGCCGCCGGCCGCGCGCGCUCCGCCUCCCUCUCCUCCCCCCCCUCCGCCACGUUCCCGUCCGCCCGCUCGCCUCUCCCUCCCCCCUCCGCGGGCGAUGGGCAGGCCCCUGCCGCUACCUCUCCUCCGGCCCCCCUCCCCGUCCAUCUCCCUCCCCGCCUUGCCCGCGCGGCCCUGGCGGCGGCGGGCCGUCCCUUCCCCGCUCGCUCAUGGGGGGCGCGGGGGCCUCCCGAUGGCGGCGGUGCAGCUCGGCCGGCUGCGGUGUGA